UCUUUAUGUCGUAAAUGUGGAACAUAUUUUAAACGUGAGACAUAAAUGUAAAUACUUAAAUAUAUUCCUUAAUUAGUUUCGUUGGAAUAUUGACAAAUAAGGAAAGUUUAAGGCGUUGUAUGUUGAAAGGUUAAAUUCAUUUACCUGCGUUGUCAUUUUGACAGCCCAGCUGAGAGUUGAAUAAUGAAGUACACGAUAUUGAACCUGUGUGCGGUCGUGAUGGGGCUCGGGGCCGUGCUGUUCCACCUGAUUGGUUUUGCCGCCCCACACUGGCUCGAGUCGUUCGAACAGGCACACUCAAGAUUUGACAGGUUGGGCUUAUGGACUGCAUGUUUUAACAAUUUCGGCUACGAUCGUGACGCUCUCGGCAAGAUGUACGACGGGUGUCACUGGAUCUACUCGUACGAGUAUAAACCAAUCUUCGCGUGGCUUGUUCCAAACUGGUUCCUGGCAGUGCAGGUGAUGAUGACACUGGGACUUAUCAUCAACGGCGGGAUGGCCCUCAUGUUGUUGACGGGACAAGCUGGCUUUUUUAUGGACAAGGAAGACUUCUUCGCACAGGCUUUUAAGGCCGGGGGAUUCUGGACCUCGUUUCUGUUAACCUGUUUGUCAGUGGCCCUGUUCGGUAUCAAGUCAGACAUUGACCGCCAAUGGUUCCCGCGUCCAGAUCAGAACUAUCUCUCCUGGUCCUUCGCCUUCGUCGUUAUCGCGGGAUUCUUCGAGAUAUUUGCCGCCAUGUGCCUGACCUUUGACGCACUCAGAAUUAAAGAUGUAGAAGCACGCAGACUCAAGAAACAGGAUCCGGGAUACAUGGGAUACAAAAUGGGACCCGUGGUGACACACCCGCAGUAUGAUUAAGGGAAUAAAAUGACUUUUAAAAGUGAACUUUUUGUGCUUUGUAAAUUUGUACUAUACGGUGAGGUACUAUAGUGAAAUAGCAUUUGUAUGGAAACAUCAUUGUUUUAUAUGGAAUCAUGUAGGUAACUAAUUUUCACAAGUGCGAUCAAAUUGCUUCCGCAUAAGAUAGAAGCAUAUUCAUGGUAUUCUUACAGACGAAAUCGUCAACUGAAAUAACAACAAACAAAGUAAUAUCUUCUUGCGAUAUUAAUGUCAAAAUGAUCAAAUGACAUUCGAAUCCUUCUCAAUAAACGCCAUUCAAUGUGAAUUCAUGUAUGAGUCUAUAUUAGUCAAUUGCCAAUGUUACUAACAGUUGUUUGAUGUUUAGUGUAUAUACAUGACAUUAAGAUGAAAUAUCGUGUAUUGUAUAUAGCUUCCAUGUUUAUACCUUUUAUUUCGUUUUCAUUUUCCAGAAUCAUUACAUUUUGAUAUAUCCAUUUUCAUUCAUACUCAGACAUAAUAAACAUUCUGAAUAAAUCUCCUUAUCUUUCAUUUUUUAAAAAAAUCAGGGCCUGUAUUUAUAAAACAUAUGUUAUUUCUUAAUUUUUCGUAGUCAAAUAAAAAGGAAAGUAUAAGUAUUUUUUUUAAAAAUAAGUGUUUGAAUAUUGAAUAAAUUCUAUGUCUUUUACUCAUUUUCGAUAUUUUUGAAAGUAUUAUAUCACAUGAUCGGAGAGAUACUUAACUUAGGAAAAUGACUUAACAGUGUGUGUUUACCACGUGAUAAAUUGCGUCACAAAUGCUACGUCGAAAGGCAAUAUCUUGUUUCGAAUGAAGAUUUAAAACAAGAUAACUUCACUAUUUCUUCACCAUUUGCGAUGAAAUAUAGCGCAGUCUACGCCUCUAACAGAGCCCCACCUUCGGUCUUUUACCAGAGUUUGAUUGAGAGUUUAGUUUCUUCAAACACUUCGAAAACCCUUUUCACAAUACGGCCGUCUGACGGAGCACUGUCAAAACAUUAUUAUGGAAACAGGUUUGUUGGAAGUGUUGAAACUAAACACCUUAUCAAACUUCUGUAAUAAAACGAAGGCGGGGCUCUUUAAGUGGCAUAGACUGCCCUUUGUUUUAUUCAAAAUGGUGUAGUAAAAGAAAAGCUAUCUUUGAUUCAAGUCUUCAUUUUAUGUAAAAUGUAGCCUUCUGACGUAGCAUAUAUGACGUAAUUCAUCACGUGGUAUACACACACUGAUUAAGAUGUUUUAUGAAUACCGGCACUGUGAUGGUUACUGUACCCACUAACCGAACUGUUGAAGAUACAAGCGCGGAGCAAGCCGCUAGUAUUUAUGCUAUCUUUCUUGUCACGAACAGCAUGCAUUAUUAGUGUGCGUAUAAAUACCGGUGUGUGUAUGCCAAGUGGUAAAUUGUGUCCUAAUUGUUUCGUCGAAAGGCAAUAUUUUGCUUCCGACGUAGCAUUUAUGACGUAAUUUAUCACGUGAUAUGCACACACUGAAAACAAUGCCUUGUUGAUUAUACGCACUCUUCUUCUUACACGGAUGGGAUCUGGUAUGCUUCCCGCUCUACAGGGGCGGAUCCAGGAUUGGACGUUAAAGGGAGCGUAAUCUGGGGGCGUAACCUUUUGACGUUCGCCCCUCCCUUAUUUGGUUGAAAAUGUUGGCAGUUUUGUUUUGGCUGGGAUAUGGGGGAGAGGAGGUACUUCAUCACAAAUUGUUUAGCAAUUUCUAUCACGAGAUGGUACAUUUUCAGCUUAUUUUAUUGAUUUAUCUUGUCUAAAGCGAUAUUAUAAAUACAGAUUUUAUCGUU